AUGCCAAGGCGUGCUCACCUGACGACGGCGCGCUUCAUAUCUUACAUUAUAUUUUGUGUCAUCAGCAUGCCAUUCAUCUGGAUUCGUCCACACCGACUGCAAUGGUUCUUGAACAGUACCUCCCUCGUGGCGCUUGUCUUUUACAUUGCCCUUUUGAUCUGGGCUCUGACCACGAUGGGACCGAGUGGAUUCGGAAGCACAAUCACAGAAGACAAACCAAACCCUCCUAGCGGUCCCAAUAGCACUGCGUGGGUGAUGGUAUCAGGUAUCAUUGCGACUGUCGGUUCGAUAGCGGCCGGAAUUUUGAACCAAAACGAUUACACGCGUUUGGCUCGCUCACCUCGAGAUGCAAAAUGGGGCCAAAUCAUUGCGUACCCUAUUUAUAGCAUUGGCACUUCCAUCAUCGGCAUAUUGGUGGUAGCUGCGACGCAGGAUCGCCUGGGAAAGGAGCAUUGGUUUCUACCGGGUCUCCUGGCGCGCAUCGUGCGCAGAAAUCCAACUCCAGGGGCUCGCGCAGGAGUCUUUUUCUCGGGAUUGGCGUUGACCUUUUCCCAGCUGGGAAGCAAUGUCCUCGGCAAUGCGCUGGCAGGAGGCAUCGACUUGGCGGCAGUCUUCCCGCGAUUUCUCAACAUUCGUCGAGGUGCUUACAUUACCGCGAUAGUAAGUCCCAUCGUGAACCCAUGGCGCAUGGUAGACACGGCGACAAUCUUCAUCUCCGUCAUGUCUGGGUAUGGCGUUUUCUUGGCGCCCAUGACAGGCAUGAUGGUGGCGAGCUAUUACAUCGUGCAACGGCAGAAGUUGGACGUCGACGACCUCUUCCGGGGCAACUCGUCGAGCAAGUACUGGUAUUCCAGUGGCGUGAAUUGGAGAGCACCUAUUGCUUGGGCUAUUGGCGUAGGCCCGUGUUUGCCAGGGUUUGUGGCCUCGGUCAACAGCUCGGUCAAUGUGCCGGACAGUAUCCGAGAACUGUACAUGACAAACUAUCUGUACGGAUUCUUUGCGAGCGGCCUUGUAUAUGUGGCGCUGCACACCGCAUUCCCAGCCAGGGCCGUGGAUGAGUUUGUCAAGAAUAAUUUGUCAGCUGCAGAGGUGCAACAGUACUACGGCGAACGGUGGGAUGUUAGCUUGUCUGAGGCAGGGCAAAUGGUAGAAGAGAUUCCCGAGAAGGACGAGCAAAGGGGCGAAAGAAGCAGGCCAGGAGGUCAAGAAACAUACCAGGCAUCAGCAACAGAUGGUGGUUUGAUACAGAGACACUUGAGUUAG